AUGUCUACCCUCUCUACCCUCCCGACCACUCCUACAAUGGAAACCAAAGCAUGCGCAAGCAACCCAACAUCGCCCCCACUCACGAGCGCAAUUCCUCCGUCAUACAAUGAUGUGAGCGGCGCAGUGAUCAUUGGGGCCGACGGGAGACCUCACUUCAUGACCGCAGAGGAAGAAGUAGAGCGACGAUUACGACUGCAACAAGCAGUGCGCGAGAAGAUGUUAGGGCUACCACGAACAACACCUUUCGAAUGGUCACAAGGUCCAUCAACCGAACAACUACCAGCGUACACACCUCGGGAAGAGAAGAAAUGA